CUGUGAGUGUGUGUGGAGUCAUUCAGGCCAAACCCACAGAGCUGGGCCGUAUUUAAGUCUUCUUCUGGUGACUGCGUCGCACCUUCUCCUGUCUGCACUGUGGCUCUUCUCAUGGCAAACGAGUUCUAAUAUCUGAAGCCUGCCAGACGUUUGCUUCCAGCCAUGGGGGACUGGUCUUACUUGUCCUCACUGAUAGACAAGGUCCAGUCUCACUCCACCGUGGUGGGGAAGAUCUGGAUGAGUGUCCUCUUCCUGUUCAGGAUCUUCGUUCUGGGCGCUGCCGCGGACAAAGUCUGGGGGGACGAAGUGUCCGAGUUCUACUGUGACUCCCUGGAGCCAGGAUGCGAGCACGCCUGCUACAACUGGAUGUUCCCGAUAUCCUACAUUCACUACUGGGUCCUGCAGAUCACCUUCGUGUCAACACCCACGUUGGUCUACGUGGGCCAUGCCAUCCACAUCAUCCACAAUGAGAAGAGGAAGAUGGCACAGCUGCAGGACUUCUCUAAUGGAGGUGCAGUGAAGAAACCAAGGUAUACAGAUGACAAAGGGAAAGUGAAGAUAAAAGGAAUCCUCUUCUGUACCUACAUAACCCAACUGGUGCUCAAGAUCCUCUUAGAGGUGGGAUUCACUGUGGGCCAGUUCUACAUCUAUGGCCCCAUAUUCAUGGUCUCCUUUUUCCACUGCACUAUGACUCCACCUUGUGCCCGCUUUACUGGCGCCCAGUGUUACAUUUCUCGUCCCACAGAGAAGACGAUCUUCAUCAUCUUCAUGCUCGUGGUCUCAGGCGUCUCGGUGCUUCUGAACAUCAUCGAGAUCAUCUACCUAGUCUGCAACAAGAGGAGGGACAGCAGGAAACAGUUUCUAGCUCAGAAGCUUUUGCCCGGUUUUCAGCAGCACCCCAACAACCCAGGCUGGGAGAGCAGGAGCAGACAGUACGGAGGCAUCCCACUGUUGCCUCCGCCUGCUCAGGGUCUGACAGACGUCUGCAAUGACGAUCAACACGUCGACUCCGUCAGCAAGGAAAAGGACAACUGAUACAUUAUCUUCAUACAUUUCAGAUGUAGAUGUUUGCCCCUGUUGUUCUUUUGCUUACAGGUUACUCUCAGGUUUUUUAUAUAUAGCAAUUGCUUCAUUGUCAACCCACAAUUAAAAAGUUGCUGUCUGUGUUAAGGUACUGCUAACAGUGGAAUAAAAGAACUAAAAGACUUUA